CUUUUCUAGCCUGGCGUCAAGCACCGUCGAUGUGGCCACAACACCAGCUAUCGAGCAUCGCUCCGUCGACGAAGGCUCCACCACAAGCUCUUCGUGCCGAUGUCCUCGAUCUCAUCGCAGUGCUAUGCUGUCUCUACUGCUUCCUCAUGUGCUUCAUGCACCUCGGGCUGUCCAUCUUCCCAUACAUGCAACGGUUUUUCGGGUUCAUCGACCCGAUCGUCACAGCGACCGUGUUUGCCAUGUGCGGGACCCUCCAUCUUCGCGGGUGGUGGCGGAUGCGGACAAUGCGCAUUGUUGUGAAUCGCACGUCGAAACACCUCCAGGACAUCGCGCCGCUCUUGAUCACGGCGCACAGCCGCCGCCAGGUCACCUCGACGCGCGGCAUCUCGAGCGAUGAUCGAAUACGCAACCUCGUGCGCCUACAAACGAGCCACUUCAACGCAUGCACCGAUUUGAACGUUGUCCACGAUCAGUUGCAGCAAACCAAGCGUGCUUAUGAAGAUCAGGGCGUCCGCGGAUCUGCCAUCGUCGCGAUCUUGUCCGCGAAAGCCGAGUGGAUUCAAGUGCAGAUCAAGGUCGAAACAUUCUACCGACAGUAUUUUGGGCCUCGGGGGGCGUUCAGUCGCCGGGGUAUGCACUACGAGGUCCGCUUGCUUGUCCGUGAAUGCAUCGUGCUCCCCAUGCAAUUCGUGCGGGGCUACAAAGUUAGCACCCUCUUGGUCGGUCCGCUCACGAUGGCGCAUGGCAUUGUCUUUGGCCUCCACUGCGUCGUCGUUGCCCCCUGGAUCGUGUGGAACUUCGCGUGCAUCCGCUACAACUUUGGCCUAGUUCGCGUCUUCCGCGAGCGCCUCGUCGUGACGAUCAUUCUCUUCGACUUGGUUCUUGGUGUCGUCCUGCCGCUGUCGCUGGCUGUUCCAGUCAUCUACAACCUCGUGUCCGACCCAAGCAUCAUCCACGACCAAGCAUGGGAUGUCUACGCGAUCUCGGUCAUCAAGGCAAUGUUGAUCAUGACGUUGGCCGACUUGAUCGCGGCCGUGACGCCGAUGCUGUUGCUCUACGUGACUCUGCAAAACGUGCACACGGCCAACAUUGACUCGUUCUUCACGCGCCAUGCCUCUGGCACCCCCAUGUUGACGUCGCCCAAAGGUUGGGUCGACUCGCUUCGUCGCUAUACGAGUGCAAUGGUGGGCGUCGUGCGCGAAAACAUCCCCCUCUUGCAAGUGCCCAUGCCGGUUGUGCGCCGGGCCAAAGUCUCGACGCAAGACCUUGGAAACCGAGAUGCUUGGGUGGCAUCGGCUCAAACGAUCGUGCUGGACGCCGCGUCCGGCGCCACCGACAUCCCUGUCGAGCUGCCGCAGUCGUCUCCACUGUUCCGGCCACUAGCCGCGGCGCGUAUUCGAUGGCGCUACGGCGUGUUCUGUCUCUAUACAAUGUGCAGCGUUGGUGCUGGCGUCGGCGUUUCGAUGAUUAGUGUGCGAUCGUACUCGGCGGAUUGUGUGCAUGCAGACAUGCCUGCAUACUCGACAUGCGCGAGAUACAUCCGACCGUGGCAUGUUGUCCCUCUGUCGCGGCAAGUGUGCCACUGCCAAGUCUUGGAUCUCAAUUGCAACUUGAAAGGGUUCGAAGACUCCGCAGGCGCGAAUUGGUCGGCCUUCUUCGACGAAAUGCACUCGUUCUUCGACUCCCAAGUCGCGAGUUUCCUCAACUUUCUGACGAUUCGAAAUUGUCCGAUGCGCGCGCCGUACCGCCCGCCGCCCCACAUCGCGCGGUUCACAGAGCUGUACAUUUUGCAGCUGCAAAACUGCAGCUUGGACACCACUGCCAUCGACACGAUCGACUUUAGCCAGUACUCGAGGAUGCUAUUCCUCUCGUUCUCAUCCAACAGCAUCUCGGAAAUCCCGACGUCCUUGCAACGUUUGCCCCCGCUCUGCCUUGGUAUUUCUCUCAACCGAAACAACCUGUACAAUGCGACCUUUCCCGACUGGAUCCUGCCGGCGUGGGAGAAUCUCACGAUGCUGUACCUUCGGGCGGCCAACAUGACAACGUUCCCGCCGGUGCUCAUGCAUCUCGAGUGGAUUGGGAUCAUUGAUGUGACGAGCAAUGCCAUCGCGGAGCUUCCACCUCUUCCGACUGCGUGGGGAUUCUGGAGUCGCUUGUACCAGCUGCGCCUGGCAAACAACAGUCUGUCGUCAAUACCGUCGGGAUUGAUCGCACUGCCAGGUCUCACUGUGUUGACGCUGUCGUCGAACCAACUUGCAGAGUGUCCCACGCCGCCGCACGCGUUCAAGGUGUUUACAAUCCACGACAAUCCGUGUUGCACCAACCAGCCAGAGUCGUGCCCAGCCACGUGCGCGCCUGUGUGCGACGAAGGCUUUCGAACUGGAGGCGAAUGCGUUCGUGAAUGCGCAGUACCUGCGUGCUUGGCGCUGCCUGGAAGCUCCUGUCGGGCCUCGUUGUAGUUGAUGGCAUUUGAAAACUGUGGAAUUACCUUGUCGAAUCCGGAUAACAUGGCAGUUGCACGCGCCGUUUCGUC